CAAAGAAGAAAAAGUAACCUGCAACAUGGCGACUCCCAUGCAUAGAUUAAUAGCCAGGAGGCAAGCGGAGGCAAACAAACAACAUGUACGCUGCCAGAAGUGUUUGGAGAUGGGACACUGGACCUACGAAUGCACCGGGAAGAGGAAAUAUGUGCACAGGCCAUCAAGAACGACUGAGCUGAAAAAGAAACUCAAGGAAAAUGAAAACAAACCGCUCAGCAUAGCUGGACCAGGCACAGAAGGCUCCAGUGAGAAGAAAGUGAAAAAGAAGGCUAAAGACUCGAGCGACAGCAGCAGCGGCUCAGGCGGCUCCUCCAGUGACUCAUCGUCAGACAGCAGCGAUUCCUCCAGCUCCUCUUCAGAUGACAGCAGCAGUGACAGCGACGAUGACAGCUCUUCCUCCUCCUCAUCCUCUUCUUCUUCCUCCUCAUCUUCGUCCUCAGACAGCUCAGACUCAGGAAGUAGCAGCGAUUCAGAUCAAGGACCUCCUAAGAAGAAGAAAAAGAAGAAAUAAACAUUGUGGAAUCAGCAGGAUUUCUUGUUGUUAUUUUUAUUUUCCUGAUUUUUUUUUUCCUUAUUAAAAAAAACCAACAACAACUGAGUGGAUAUGGACUAAGGAGAGGAGACACGAUGUCACAAAAGAGAGAAAUAAAGCAAUUCCAGUGUUACUUCUACUAGUGGGAUAUUUUCUUCAAUUUUUAGAUUUACUAAGGAUACAAACUUUAAAUAUCCAAAGCAACGAAUGUGAUUAAUCAAAUGAAAUCUUGUGAUUUUGUACUUUAGUAUAUUUUUAGUGAAACUUAAUCUGUACAGCUCAAAAUCUUUAUAAAACAGCAGCAUAUCUAGAACUGAAAAGACAUGAUACAACCUCAGUAUAAAAGAUUAUAUAACAAUUGUGUUUUAGUCUGAAUAAAAUUAGUUACGCACACAAAAAACUCUUGUUGCUCGGGAAUUGGAUUUGCUUGUUUCACUGUAAAGCUUGUUUUGUUUUGUUUUUUUAAACCUUUUUGAAUUUGCUAUUGUAAAAUGUUUUAUUUUGCUAAAAAAAAAAGAAAAGAAAGAAAAACGCAUUAUAUGAUUUUAGAUAUAUGGAUUUAGGGAUAAAAUGUCAAAUAAACUGUUUUUGUUCACUAGUUUACAAAUAAAAUAUUUUUAAAAUCA